CAUUUUGAAUGUUAAUAAAUAUUGCACAACUCUUGUUGUUGUUGUUGCUGUUGUCGUUGGUGGAUAGUUUCAUUUUUUUUGGAUCAUAAAUUAUUUGAUGAUGAUGAUGAUGAUGAUGAAUAAAUACCGGUUCAAAUUUUUGUCUUUCCCCAUUCACAUGAUAAAUCAUAUAUAUACCACAUGCAUACACAUCAAUAUCAUCAUUCAUUAAUUGUUAGAUUUGAUUUUUUUUUUCAUUUUCUUUUUUUUUUUUUGCCUAAAAGGCUUAUAAAUCAAUUUUCUGAUCAUCAAAUCGUUCUUCGUUGUCAUUGUAGUUAUCAUCAUCAUCAUCAUCGUUGUCGUCGUCGUCGUUGUUUGAUUGAAAAAAAAGAUUGAAAUUCGUCUUUGUAUUUUGGUUUUAUUUUUGAACGAAAAUAUUGCAGAAAAAAAAUGGAACAUUUAACAUUUACUACUGCUGCCAUUUUGUCAAUUUUGACAUUAUUGAUGCCCAUCACCACCAUUCAUACAUUAACUGUUUAUGAUCAAUCAUCUGAACCACAUCAUAUUAUAUUAUCAUUGAAAGAAAUAUCCACCGAAGAUAAUAAUAAUGAUAAUGUUGAAUAUCGUCUUAAUACAUCAACUAAUUCAUUGGAAAUGUUGGUCGAUCAUAAUAACACAUUUAAUCUGAUACUUGAUCCACAAAUAUCAUCAAACGAUACUAAACAAUUGUUGACACGAUUCACAUGUGAAAGUGAAGAAACAGAUUCAUUUGAUUGGAAUUCAACUGAAAACAAUUGUGAAAUAUUGCAAUUACCAAAAUAUGAAUAUAUUUUCAAUGCUACUGAAGAUUCUAUAAAAGUAAUUAGCUUGAAAACAUUGAAACAAGGAAAAACACAAUUGGUCGCACAUGCUAAAUGGAUAUCGAAUACAUCUGAAGUGACUAUUGAUACAUGGAAAGCUUAUGUUACAGUAAAUGUCGGUGUUUCAGAUACUAUUCUUGUUAUUAGUGCUAUUAUUGGAUGGAUUUAUUUUGUUGCUUGGUCAAUAUCUUUCUAUCCACAAAUUUGGGACAAUUUCAAACGAAAAAGUGUUGUUGGAUUAAAUUUCGAUUUUAUUGGCCUUAACAUUACCGGUUUCAUUUCCUAUACAAUGUUCAAUUUUUCACUAUAUGCCAUAACUUCGGUACAAAAAGAAUAUGAAAACGAUCAUCCACGAAGUCAAAUUCCGGUACAAUUAAAUGAUGUUUUCUUUGGAUUUCAUGCUGCAUUUGCUACAUUGAUUUGCAUUAUUCAAUGUUUUUUAUAUGACCGAGGAGAACAAACAGUUUCGUGGUUUGCUCGAAUAUUUCUAAGUAUCGUUUGGACCGGUUACAUUGUUAUAGCCAUCAUUGUGGCUUCUACUAAUUGGCUGACUAUGUUAGAUUAUCUUUAUAUACUUUCAUAUGUAAAAUUGGUUAUUACAAUCAUCAAAUAUAUACCACAAGCUUGGUAUAAUUAUUGCCGUAAAUCAACAAUUGGUUGGAGUAUUGGUAAUAUAUUUCUUGAUUUUACCGGUGGAUCAUUGAGCAUGUGUCAAAUGUUUUUACUAGCAUAUAAUUACGAUGAUUGGGCAACAAUUUUCAAUAAUUUCACCAAAUUUGGUCUUGGAUUCAUUUCCAUUUUAUUCGAUGUAUUAUUCUUGCUACAACAUUAUGUAUUCUAUCGUCAUAGCGAUGUUAAUGAUUCAAGAUCAUUACUAGUUUGAAACAAAAUUCGUCAUAAUUAUUAAUUGUUUUAGUUUUAUUUGUUUGUAAAUAUUUU